AUGAGCGAAUUAUCAAGUCUCAAGUGGCCAAUCAAGGGCGAAAAAGAUGGAUUAAUCGAAAAUUCUCUAGCAAAAAGUGAAAGAGAAUUAGAAGAAUUAAAUAAUGAGAUAGAAAAGCUUACAAAAGAAAUUCAACAGAAAGCCAAAGUUGCUCUUUCCAUUCGUAUUAAAGCCAAUGAAACCAAAUCAGGAUUUAUUCGGACUAUAAAGAAAUUCAUUGGUACUGAUAUUUGGGCUCAAUUUUUCAAUUGUUGGUUGUGA